AUGGAUGAUAUUGCUACUGAAGCUAUUUCAUUCUACCAGAAUCAAUUUUCUCAAGAGAUUGGUGCCGUUGAUUCAAACUUACUGGUGAACAUUCAUGAGAGAAUAUCAGAAGAGCAAAAUACUUUUUUAUGUGCUACGCCAACUCUUGAAGAGGUGAAAAAUGCUUUUUGCAUUAUCAGGUGUUGGAAUAUAGUUGGUGUUGAUGUGUAUAAUGUGAUAAAUAGUUUUUAUGAGGGACAAACUUUACCAAAGGCAGUAACUCAUACAAAUCUGGUCCUCCUGCCUAAGAAAGAAAUAAUCAAAACUUUUUCUGACUUGAGACUAAUCAGCCUCAGCAAUUUCAUAAACAAAGUUUUUUCCAGACUGUUGCAUGACAAGCUAGAAGUAAUCUUGCCCUCUCUAAUAUCUCCAAAUCAGUCUGGAUUUGUGAAGGGUAGAAAUAUUAUUAAGAAUGUGCUGCUUACUCAAGAAUUGGUUCCUGCUAUUAGAAAGAGAGGGAAACUUGCUAAUGUUAUUCACGACCCAAAACGAUGA